AUGCGCCGCUGUGCGGCUGCUGGUUGGGCUCGAGAGAGAGCCCGUAAGGCACAACGGAACGAGUGAGUUCCGUAAGAACGAUCGGUCAGCGCUCCCUGUCAGACCGGUCAGUGCUUAAAGAAUGAGAAUGCAGCUUGGUGACAACUUGUUCCUGAAAGUUGCGACACGGCAAUAAUGCGCAUUUAGACUUACCACCACACCCUCUAUUCCACAACGUACACAGACCGGAAUUUCAACCGACAACAAAUAGGCGGUGGAAAGGUAGCUCGGACCCCAACUGGCCUGUCGUCGCACCCUGAAUGUUGGCAUUCGUUAAGGGCGCUCAGUCCAACUAUCACCUCUAUGAUUCCGUCUUGGUGGUCCGCCCAUAUAGCGUCUUUCUCGUUGUAGGGUUCCGUGCUAGCUGAAGGCCGUGUGCUCGGUCUCGCUUUCACACUGAUACUGGUGAGUGUCUGCAAUAAGACGGUAGGGGGAGGGAGAGCCGCUGGGACAGAGAACUCGUGAGUAUUUGUCAAAACAAGUACUGUGCGGUCAACAGUUGCGUCAGCUGCCUACUAAGCGCACCUGUGACGCACUCAACGAGGACAUUCCGCGCGCCUGCGUCCGGACAUCAGUGUGCGGCAUUCACACUGAAGGCCAUUCAGCGCCAGGGGCGGAGCGCUCGGUCAUGUGCGGUCAUGCAGACUUGACUGAGUUUUAAUGAGUAAAAUUCAUAAUUCUGUGCCUCCCUGAUCUUAUUAAUUCCACUAUGUCCGACCACCUGAUGCAAGUAGGUAACCUAAAAAUCUCUAUAAAUAUGCCCCCAGUGAAACAAAUCAUAAUCAACGAGGUCGGCGUCCUGAAGGGUUUAAGAUGUCCUCUCUCUGCCAAAUCCUGCUCAUGCAUAUCUUCAUCGAAUAUUGAUGCGUGAGGAAGGGUGGGUCAUUUGUGAGCAACGGAAGUGAUAAGCGUAGUGGCAUAAUCCUGAAUCCGAAGUUGCAGCAGCAGAAUUUUACGGUGGCAGUCUGGUCGGCCGCUCUUGUUGUCGCCCAUGACACAUUUCUUGGCAGAAAUUCAAUGAUAUGAGAUACGAUACUUUGUCGCAUUCUCCAUAUUCUCCCGAAAUACCACCUACUGAAAACCAUCUAUAUGGUAUCGGACGCUUUUUAAGCAAUAAAAUUUUCAAGAAAAAUAGUUAGGUGGUGACUGUAUUAAAAGAUUUCACAGCUGGUAGAUCAUUACUGACGAGACACUAAUGUCACUGUUUGUUGACGAUUUUCUGAUUCGUUUGCAUAAACUACGCCAAAACUAGUGCAUGGCUGACGGUCUACUGACGACUUGAUAACCACACAUCACAUAGCCGAAUUUUUGCGCUGGUAAUCAUCAUGAAGUCGUUUGUGGGGCGGCUCACAUCAGGACGGAGUUUCGCACUGUGUAUGCUAUGCGCCAAACGAUACACUUACUCUAUUAAUCGAUCCUCUCAAAUGAUGGCGUCUACCGCCUCUUCCACAUAGUUUACUCAAAACCGCCAGAUAUUUCGUAUCUGAAUUUGUAUUAAUGCGCAUCUCCCAGAGGCCGAAAUGUAAAUGCGCUGGCAGGCGUUGUAUGUGGUACGCACACAUAACAAAUGUCACACAUGUAUUCUCUGUGGCUGCACGCCUAGACUCAGACUCAAGCUGGGUCAGACACCUAUGCCCGAUUCCAUCAUUGGUAUGCUUGGCCUUCACUUGACAGCCGACCCUGCUGUGAACUGGUGCGAUGCAUGCGCGAUAUAUCCUGCGCAUGUCAAACACCGCCGGAAACUAAUUCACGCGCAAUUCAUCGUCUCGGCGCCCAGAUGCUGUCUGGUACACUGUGAACAUUGCCGAAAACGACUGUCACACUGUCAUUGACGUAGACCUGCGAAACGGCUCUCUCAUCCUCUUCUGCAUCAACCGAAUGAUUCCGGGGACAACCAAAUGUCAAGUUGGCAAGCGCUGGCUGGGAAUUAAUGGUUGAUGAAGACAAACAGCCCGCCUACGCUUCAAACUCACGAACUGACUCCAACAGUGUGUGCCAAAUAUUCCCAACACACCUUGGCGAUCACAUGUGCGGCAGUGUCAUAGACAGCUCGUUAAAAAAGACAGACAUCAGCUUAUUUUCAGUCUUGCGGUGACGGAAUAACUUUUUCAAUUUAGAGUCUUCCUGGUUGCGAAAAUUAGAGCGCAACGGCAGAUUCAGGAGCACCGUAUUUUCGGUGGUGGUGGUGGUGGUGGUGGUGGUGGUGGUGGUGGUGGUGGUGGUGGUGGUGGUGGUGGUGGUAAUGUUGGCGAUGAUGUUGAUGAUGAUGAUGAUGAGGAGGAGGAGGAGGAGGAGGAUGAUGAUGACAGAUCGAACGCUGUUAACUACGUCUGA